CUGCGGAGUAUAGUUGGGCCGAUUGGUCCUCGUUCAGGAGGCUUCUCUCCUACUGCUUUCAUUUCAGCAAAUAACGAGUGUGCCUUCAAACAUCUGAACACUUGCGAUGACAACGCCGACUGUGUUGAUUCUCACGAUGGAUACACAUGCCAGUGCUUCGCCGGCUUCGUCGAUGUCUCGUCCAAUGCAAAUCUACCACCUGGCCGAGUCUGCACGGUUCAAACAACUUGUCCGAAACAGAAGACCGACUUGGUCUUCCUCAUCGAUGGCUCCGGAUCUAUCGGUUCCUUUGUCUUUAAGAACGAGGCAGGUUUUUUCUACAAAAUAUACUCAACGUUUCGCCUUCUUAUCUAUUACGCUAUCCACCAUUUUGCAGAAUUCGUGGAAUUGUUCGAAAUCGGCCUGGAUCAAACCAGAGUAGCGCUCAUUCAAUACUCGGAUCAAAUCCGCCACGAAUUUGACUUAGACCAGUACACGGACAAGGCCGCCGUUCUUCGAGCGAUCACUGAAACCCAGUAUCUCACAGGACUCACUAGAACUGGUGCUGCCAUUCAGCACAUGGUCCAAGAAGGCUUUAGCGAGCGACGAGGUGCCCGACCUCAAGCUCCCGAUAUCGCUAGGGUAGCGAUCGUGCUCACGGACGGUCGUUCUCAGGACAAUGUAACUGGACCUGCUGAGUCGGCUCGGAAGUUGAGCAUCACUACCUUCUCCAUCGGAGUUACCGACCACGUACUGGCCAGUGAGCUUGAAGCCAUCGCUGGAUCGCCCACACGGUGGUUCUACGUUGACAAGUUCAAGGACCUGGACACUCGUCUGCGUUCGAUGAUUCAAAAGGCAGCAUGUCCUACUCCUGUGAAAACCGCAUCUCCACCUCAAGGCACGUGCAAUCCCCGAACCCAGACCGGUUGCGAUCGUUCACUCAACGAAUAUUGCGCGGAAGAAAACGGACGGACUCGUUGCAUCUGUCCAGCAGGCUUCCAUCGUCAUCCAACCACACGUGUGUGCGGAGGAUCGCUGUGCAACCCACAACUUAUCACGUCAUGUAUCUACCCAGAGGAAUGUCUCAUCACCCCCUAUAAUAACUACCGUUGCGCCUGCCCUGAUGGCUAUUCCAGGGAUUAUAGAUCUGGGUUCUGCGGUACGUUCUUUCAGUUCUCAUUAGAUCCAUGGGUGAACAAAGGAGUUUCAGUAUCAGUGAAAGAAAUUCACGUCUUCCCACAACAUGAUGCCGAUUGUCACAAUGGGGGUCAACGAUGUGGUCAGAACGAGUAUUGCACGAGCGACCGAACUGGGCACUGGUAUUGCGAGUGCAAGACCGGGUUUGAACGCAAUCACGCCGAUGGGAAAUGCAGCUAUCCAGGUUCCUGCCUCCCGAAUGUACCGAAUUCCUGUGAUAUCCGAAAACGAGAGAAAUGUCUACCGAACGGGUCGUUCUUCACUUGUCAGUGCGACGCGAAAGAGAGGCGACAUCCCGUCACGGGAAUCU